CUUGAACGUCCCCCGGCUCUCAUUGUGCAGCCGAGGAAACAUCGGAAGGUUUCGACGACGUCGGUAUGAAAUGGCAGAAAGUGCUUGUGUCGCGGAAGCACCGAGAUUAGGCUACGUAGGAGCUGCACAUGUUUACUGUGGCGACCCCGGCCUGCUGAACUGAGAGCUAACGGGAGAGUGCGACUGUUGGGAGUGGGGCGGGGACGUGGAUUAAAGACCACCAGGAUUUCCUGCCUAAAAAAACCCGUCCAGCUCGCGUCUGAGGGAGGCAGCAGGCGGCGGCGGCUGCAGGUCGACACUGCUGGAAUUAACCGGAGAGGGUGAAUGCAUCUUGUUCCACUAUUGAUCUGAGACGCCUGUGUGGUGAUGUUUUUGGCUCCAUGUACUGCACACUGCUGCAGGGGAAUGCACCAAGAAACCUGACUCCAGCACCAAAACGUGAAAGGUGGCCAGAGUCUCGGCAGGCACGCAUCUGUACGUAAAGACGUGUGCCAAAUAUUGAGAGGCCUGCCCUUCUUGGAUGCCCAACCUCAGAGUUCUACCAAGGUUUCAUCAUGAACCGGAACAAGCGUGAAAAGGAGUAUUACAGCAUAGACGUGGGCGAUUCAACUUUUACAGUCCUGAAGCGCUACCAGAACCUCAGACCUAUUGGAUCCGGAGCACAGGGGAUUGUCUGUUCAGCGUAUGACCACAACUUGGAGAGGAACGUUGCCAUCAAGAAGCUGAGCCGGCCCUUCCAGAACCAAACCCACGCCAAGCGGGCCUACAGGGAGCUGGUGCUCAUGAAAUGUGUCAACCACAAGAACAUCAUCGGCCUGUUAAACGUAUUCACGCCUCAGAAGACACUGGAGGAGUUCCAAGAUGUGUAUCUAGUGAUGGAGCUGAUGGACGCCAACCUGUGUCAAGUGAUUCAGAUGGAGCUGGACCACGAGAGGCUGUCCUACCUGCUCUACCAGAUGCUGUGUGGGAUUAAACACCUCCAUGCUGCAGGCAUCAUACACAGGGACCUGAAGCCCAGCAACAUUGUAGUAAAGUCUGACUGCACACUGAAGAUCCUGGACUUUGGCCUGGCCAGGACCGCUGCCACCGGCCUCCUCAUGACGCCCUACGUAGUGACCCGUUACUACCGUGCCCCCGAGGUCAUCCUGGGCAUGGGUUACCAGGCCAACGUUGAUGUCUGGUCUGUUGGAUGCAUCAUGGCUGAAAUGGUCCGAGGUAGUGUGUUGUUUCCAGGCACUGAUCACAUUGACCAGUGGAACAAGGUGAUCGAGCAGCUGGGGACGCCGUCUCAGGAGUUCCUCAUGAAGCUCAACCAGUCGGUGAGGACCUACGUGGAGAACCGGCCGCGUUACGCCGGCUACAGCUUUGAGAAGCUCUUCCCCGAUGUCCUGUUCCCUGCUGACUCUGAACACAACAAGUUGAAAGCGAGCCAAGCCAGGGACCUUCUAUCCAAAAUGCUGGUAAUAGACGCUUCUAAGCGGAUCUCUGUGGACGAGGCUCUCCAGCACCCUUACAUUAAUGUGUGGUACGAUCCGACUGAAGUGGAGGCACCGCCGCCCGCCAUCACAGACAAGCAGCUGGACGAGCGGGAGCACACAGUGGAGGAGUGGAAAGAGUUGAUAUAUAAAGAAGUGCUGGACUGGGAGGAAAGGACGAAGAAUGGUGUCAUCAGGGGACAGCCUGCAUCCAUAGGUGCAGCAGUGAACAGCAGCCCUCAGCAGCAGCACCAGCACCAUCCCUCCACGUCCUCAUCCUCCGACCCCACCCUGACCGACACGGACAGCAGCCUGGAGACGGCCCCCGGCCCCGCGGGCCCCCCGGGCUCCGCAGGCCCCGCUGCCAAGGCCGGCGGCCCCGUGGGCUGCUGCAGAUGACUAUCACACCUCCCCUCACCCACAGUACCCUCCUCCCCUCUGUGCUCGUCUCCAGUAGUUUAGCGUAUUAGUCAGAUAGCUGUUUAAGUAAAAUGUCUGAAACAACAGAUCUUCAUCCUGUUUUCCUUUUUCAAAUAAUCAUUCAUAGUCUUUUGUUUCUGUUUUAAAAUGUACAUUUUUUUAGUCUAUAAUUUAUUGUUUUUUUUAGAAAAUGGUUAUUGUGUUUUUAUUUGACAGUAAGAUUUCUAAAAUUAUCUAUUUUUCUUUUUUGAAAGAUCUUUCGACAGUUGAUAUAUUUUCUUCUCACUGCUUUUUACAACUCGCCAUAUAAUCGUAGAUCACGUUUGUACAGAUUCGACGGUAGCUGUCAGUUUCGUCUUCAAUACAGACAUUCGGUGAGCCUUUGAAACCUUAUUUAAUUUCCAGACUCUUCUUUGAUCUUCCCUUAUUUGAUUUAGUCUAAAACAUUAGGAAUCUUGAUUUUAUUUUUUUUAUUUUUUUGGCUGCAUGUGACAUAUCCAUUUAUUUGAAACUAAUUUUGAUUUCUUUGUAAAAAAAAAAAAAAAAAGAAAAGAAAAGAAAGGUUGCUCACGAUGAGUCACUACUACUUCCUACAUUGUAAAAUUUCACUUUUUAUGAAUGCUUUAUAAUUUUCAGAUUUUUCACUUCCUAUUUGGAAAAACCCCAAAACGCUGAGAUUUGGUUGAGACUCCUUUUGUCAUAUUUCGCCUAGAAGAGGGAAGAUGUGGGUUCGGUUUAUUUUGAAGUGCUUUGAAGUUCCUGGUUUGUCCGAGCGAGCGGCGUGGACCCGGUUGGGUGGGAAAGUUCUGUGGAAGGAUUCGUCGUUGUGAUUUGAGAGUUUCUUUAAAAACGUAAAGUGCUGUGAGGUUUGUGACGUCGGUGGUGAAACUAGAAUGUGCUUCAGUAAAGUAGGGAAAGCAGGUGAACAUGCAUCUCAAUGAAUUUGAAUGUUGUCAAAAAGGUUAUUUUAUUAAUUCAUUAAAAAAAAUGAAAACUACUACUGUAUAGAUCAACUAUACACAAUACUUAAAUUCUGUUUGUUUUGCUGAUUAUGGUGAAAAGCUAACGAGAACUCGCUUCACAGAUCAUUUAAAUAUUACAUGAAACUAUUAAACACUUAACAGAAAUGUUGACAUUCUGAAAAGUAUAUCCCCACAUAAGCACUGAAUUCUUGUUCAGAGCUGUCUUCGUAUGAAUUGCUGCAUUAAUGCGGCGUGGCAUGGAGGUGACUCUGGUUGUUGCCGCUUUAGCAAACCACGAAGAAGAAGACGGGUGGUAGUUGAGGACGAUGACUCAGCAUUUUUUUUAGUGACAUAAACAAACGUCUUCAUGUGUGAUUUUAUUUUUCUCAUGCAAUUUUGCAAUUGCGAAAUUGUGCUUUUUCGACAUUAGCGGAAUACUGACAAAGUGUUGCACACGUCUCUUGUGGAAACUCAUUAGUAGAUGGUAGCGGUGUUUCCAUUAGCCAUGUAAUCGCACAAUUUGACAUAUUGGAGUCAAAUUCGCUACAUGAAAACACGCCAAAUUCGAAAAAAUUUGUUUUCUGAUAAAAAGUUUCAGCACUAGCAUGAAGUUAUUUGAGCAUAUCAAAAGUUGUUUAUUUUGUAAUAUUGCAUUUCUUAUAUAAUGGAAACGUCACAAUUGCAAAAUUCUGUCUUUUCGACAUUAGCAGAAUAUUGGCAAAGUUUUGCUUACAUCUGUAAUGGAAAAGCAUCUACUGACUGACUUUCCUAUGGUUGUGUAGGGCAUAAUUUAGGCAUAACCAAAACAUUUCUGUAUUUAACAUCUUUUUUCUAUGCAAUAUUAAAAAAAAAUUCUAACUGAAUUUUUGGGUUUUUAAUAGCUGCGAGCCAUAAUCAUCAAAUUUAAUAGCCGUAAAUGCAGAAAAUAAAUUUCUAACCGUCACGAAUCUUGACAAUACAAAAGUCCAACUUUUUGAAUUGAGUUGUCGAAGUAGAUGAACGUUUCAGUGAUAUUCCGAUUUGUUGAUGUGCAUCUGUUCGAAGUCAUGGAGAGGAAAGUGAUUCUGUUGCGUGGAGCGGUGGGGAAACGCAGCUCCGACUACAUGUGAAAUUGAAAAUGAGAAAAGGAGUUUGUUUUUUUUUCUUUCUUUUUAUUUUAUUUUUUUUUUGUGCAUGUGUGUCGGCCAAACAAACAAACUCAACCUAUUCUUAACGAAUGCAAUAAACGUCUUUUGAGUGUGUUCUGAUUCUGGAAAGGUAAAGUGCCUGUCGUUCGUCCUUCGUUUCGCCGGAAGGGUGUGUGUUCGUUAUGCGUAACAACAGUGGUGUCUGUGUCAUAACAGUACUGUGUGGUGGGGUUGUGGUUCUCACAAAAUGUCUAUUUUUUUACUUGUUUUGAGUUUGGGCCCUGGAAACCGGAGAGCGUCGUCUCGCAGGUCUAAAAGAAGAAAAGCGUCGUAACGUGGAAGAAACUGAGGAGCUUUAUCAAGUGUUUAAGUCAUUUCAGAGGUCUUUCAUCAAAGUGAGAAGAAGUCUCUGUUUCACAGCGACCAGAACAUAUGUUAAAAACACAUCUUUUAGGAUUUCCCUUUUGGUUGAUAUUGUCAGAUGUUUGAGUUGAAAGAGAGAUUUUCUUAACGUUCUAAGUUAAUGUAUAUUACUGGAUUAAGCAUUUUAAGUUCCGUAUCCCGACUAUUACGGUCGAGUUCCUGCGGUGAAAUUGGCUGCUUGCAUAAGGAAAGCAGGAGAUUAGCUUGUUGACGAGCCGCCAAAUGAUAUUAUUAUUUUCACACUGUAGUAGUGCGAGCUGUAGCUCGCUGUUGCCAUCGGUUUUGGCGUCUCGUCAUCUGGGAAACGUCACGGUAAACACAGACGGAACCGUCUGCUCCAGUUUCUGUUCUGAGUUGGUCCCGACCGGUCACCAUAUCUGUGUCAGAACAGCUGGCAGACUUACAGCUGAACUUACUAAAUCGGGUUGCAUCAUUAAAACUUGACACACACUCUAUCGUAAACACACCAGAUAAUUACGGUCCUUAAUAUGUUUGUUAAUCUGUGAAGUCAUUAUCUGUUUUGUAAAAAAACAAACAAAAAAAACACUAAUGCUAAUUAGUUUUAAAUGCCUUGCUGAAUUCUAUUACUUAUUAUAUGUGACUUUUUUUUUUAAAACAUUUGAAUAUGUUUUGAGAAACUUAGUUUACGAGCCAUCAUUUGUAACGUUUUUAUAAAGAGAGGAAGGGAAAAUACAAGCUAGCUUCUUUAUUCCAAACGAGUUGGCUUAUUUUAUAUUAUCAUUAGCCAAAGCGAGCAUUUGUUUGAGGUUAGUAGCGCAUGAGCAAACGCAAAGAACGCAAAAAGGCAACAGAGAACUAAGGUGAAAAACUGACUAACAGCUUAGCGGUUCUUAAGGAUUAGGUUUGUUCAAACGAUAGCUCAGUGAAAUAAUUUUUGCUUCCACGUGAUUCCGUCGGCGGGUAAAAUAAAAGCGAGAAUAACUUUAUUAUUUACUAAUUUGAUAGCAAAUUUUAUGAAUGAAUCAAACAAAUAAGGACAACCGAUAAAUAUCAGCUAGAAACGAAGCAUGCUAGAAAACGGUUAGCGGUUAGCAGCUAUACAUAUUGGUGUUAAUGUCAAAAACUAAUGGCAUUUUAUCUCUAGCUUCAUUAUGUAAUUAGGUAAUAGGAAAGGAACAAAUACCUUAACAAAGUUACCUCAUCAACUAGCCACAAAACGUUUCUUUUUUUUCUUUCAUAUUUAGUUAUAUUGACAAAUUACUUAUCAUUUUUUGGAUAACUGAUUAUAGGCAAUGAUUCUAUUUUUGGGUGACAAACAUUAAAACAAAUGAGAUUAGCGGUUACUAACUAAACGUAUUGAUGUUUAUGUCAACAAUUAAUCCCAUUUAAUAUUUUGUUAUGUCAUUAAGUAGCAAGUUAGCUUCUCCGCUAGUUCCAAAACUCCUGGAAGGUUAGGAGCAAAGUGAGGUAUAAUUCUGUACUAGUUUCUACAUUGACAGAUGAUUUAUUUUCUUUAUUAUUUAGAUGAAGUAAUGAUUGAUCUUUUUUGGUAACAAAAACAAACAGGAUUAGCAAUUACCAUUUAUUUAUGCUAAUGUUUGUAACAUCAGUGCUUACUGUACCACUAUGUUUUUUAGUAAAAUAAAUUUGCUUGCCAGCUAGCUUUGAAACACUUAAUUUUUGGAAAUAAUUAAGUAUUUUUGACAAAUAUACUUAAUUACAUUAAGUAUAUUAAUAGUUAAUAUGACAAAUAUUAGCUUUAUGAGUUAGCCACAUUAGUUACACAAACAGUACAUUAGCAGUUAGACAUUGUUUUUAAUUUAUUUGAAUGUAACACAUUUAACAGUUAAUUAUACUGCUAUAUAUGCAUGCAUAUAACAAGUUCUAUUCUACGUUUCAACAAAAUGUAGUUAAAAGUCAAACACUGGCUAUUAUGAAAGAUUGUGUAGCUGUUAAUGUAACAAGAAGCUGUAAGGUGCGGAGAUCUUUCGUUGCAAAUUUCAUUUUCUUUUUGUUUUCCUGAACCAUAAUAGAAAAACCAAAAAGCAUAUUCUGAGUAGCGCAGGCGUUGAAAAAAUAACGUUUUAGCAUUGCCACUCAUAUUUGAGCGUGACUUAUUAGCAAGCAAGCGCUAGUGUACGAAGGAACAGUUAACAUAUUAGGCCUAUUAUUGCUUUUUGUAGCGAGUUUAUUUGGUGCAACCCGUUUUAAAAGAAUAUCAGAAUGAUUACAAAGUAACUUUGAUGCCCUUGCAGCCAAAUCCAUCAAAUAUAAAACUCAGUGCAACAGUUGCUGUAGUUUACAGUGACAAAGUAUAAGCUUCCAAUAAAAGAAAAAAAAAUUCAAUUUAAUAGGGAAGCAAACAGUGGCAAACAAUAUCCAGUACUGAUACUAGCAAAGAGGGGGGAAAAAAGCAGAUCAGGAAAAGAUUUAUUGUCAGAAGUGCUCUUAAUAAUUUUUUUGCCCAACAUUGGGGGGCAUCAAUUUGAGUCAUACACAUAUCCAUGCUAUCUGUUUUUUACAUUGUUGUUUUUCUAGUAGUAUUACUUCAUCUCUCUAAGCAAAUCUACUCUGAUUUAAGUCGACUUUGAUGAACUACCUCACGCUGAAUUUCUGUCAGUUCUUGGUAAUAUUUUGUCACCUGCAGAAUGAGCUUUCAAAGGUGUGUGAAUAACAGAUUCCAUUAUUUAUUUAUUUGAAAGUGUACUAUUUGUCAGUUUCAAGCAGACUUCUAGUUUUGUACAUUAUGUAUACUUCACCCAGAAGUAAAAGAAUUAUUGUAUUGUUUUCUUUUUUCUUUUUUCUUUUUUACUAAAUGUGCAAUACCUUCAGCAAACUGUGCUAGUUGUAUGUAUAGGUUUAGCAUUUGUUAGCAUUCUCCUGAAGGUAAAGAAAAUGUUUGGUACUGUCAAUUCAUGUUUUCUUUCUUUUUCUUUUUUUCUUUUUUUUUUACAAAUAAGAUUGAUUUUUUAUUUGUGACUUGUUUUAUAGUUAUAAUGUUACGUAAUCUGUCACACCCACCCAAAAACACUGUCUGGGUUUGAUGGAGAGACUGAUGUUUCAUCGAAUAACCCUGGUCUGAUAGAAUGUUUUUGAUGUGGGCUGUAUUAGUAUAAGAUGCACAAAAAAAAGUGAGUAAAUACCUACAAGAAAUCGUUAUGUUAUACUAUGGUGCUGGUUUGUAAUGUUUGCCAGUGAAUCCAGCCAUGCUACUAGUUUUAAGAAUUCCUGGAUCUGUGCGUCCCAACCGCAACCAAUGGAAAAAAAAAAAAAAAGUGCACUAAAAGAAAACAUGCACUGGGAUCCUGUGAUGCCACCUCUGAUAAAUGGAAAGAACAUCUACUGCAAAUAAAGAAAUACACUUUGA